AUGCCUCCCAGCGUAGCUAGCUGGGACGCUUCCAGCAGCAGCUGGGAGUGCUCCGCCGCCCGCGUCGGGGUCUUCUCGCACGGCGCCGGCGGCCUCCCCGGCCCGAGCUCCGCCGCGGCGGUCGUCACCGAGGCGAGGAUCGCCGAGCUGCACCGUCUCGGCGUGCGCGGCUUCGACCUGGACCUCUUCUUCCCUCUCGACUCGGCCGGCGCGGGCAGCCGCAGCCUCUACGUCGGCCACCCGCGCAGGCUGCGCCAGGCGUGGGCGCGCUCUCCCGCGCUCGCCACCAGCCGCGAGUGGCGCCGCAACAAGUCCGUCUUUGGCCUCACGUCGGCGGAGGUGCUCCGGGCGUCGGGCGGCGCGCUGCUCUCGGCGGACGCGCUCCUCGCGCUCGCCUCCCGGCUGCCCGGCCUCACCCUCGCGCUCGACCUCAAGGGCGGCGGGCAGCAGCCGCGGUACGGGGCACACCUGCUCUACCUCGCGCGGCAGGUCGCCUACCGCAACCUCACGGAGCGGGUGUGGCUGUGGGCGGGCACGGCCAGCGCAGCAAAGGCGGUCCACCGCGCCCUCUCGCGGAGAGGCGACGCCCCUCCGAGGCUCCGCCUCGGACGCACCAUCCUCGACGUCGGCGCGCCUCGCCUCGCUCACGGCUCGGAGCCCGACUGCGCCGCGGCGCUCAGCGCGGCGGAGGUGCGCUCCUUCGCCUUCCUCGGCCCGUCGCUCCGCUGCACCAACGCGGCGCUCGUGUCGGCGCUCGGCCGGCUGCACGUCGGGCGACAGCUCCUCGUAUGGGUGGUGGAUUCGCCGGCCGAGCUGUUUGAGGUGCUGGCGCGCGGCGCGAGCGCGGUGGUGUCCAACGAGCCGUUGCUGCUGCUCGCCGCGCUGCGCAACGCUAGCGAUGACGGGCGAGUCCGGCGCCAGUGCGGCGCUUGA